AUGUUGAACGACGUGAAUAAGGGCUACGUGACCCGCGUGGCAGCCGUGGUUGCCAUGGCGUUUGGUAUGAGCUACGCGGUGUACAAGCUCGUGUUGCAGCCCACGCAACAACGUCGGCCGCUGGCGAAGCGGUGGAGCUGGUGUGCACCGCCGGUGCCGAUCACCCUGGUGGAGAAGAACAGGGAGAAGGGCAGUAACAUGUUUGUGUACCGCUUCGCUUUGCCGAACAGCUACGACUACGCAGGUUAUGAGCCGGUCAGCUCUGUUCGGAUGAUGAGCGGGAACGUGCGCGAGCUCUCCUCGCUCUCCCGGUGGUACACCCCGAUCAGCCACCCCGACGAACGCGGCUUCAUCGAGUUCGCGAUCAAGGACUGUGACCCCGGCCGCAUGUCUGCUCGCCUGCGCUACCUUGAGCCGGGCGACAUCGUUUAUCUCGGACGAUGGAUGCGGGAGUUCCCAUACCAGCCGAACACCUUCAAGGAGCUCGGCGUAGUGUGCACCACUUCCGGCGCCUCCGUGGCGCUGCAGCUCAUGAACAUCAUGGACAAGAACAAGGCCGAUGACACCAAGCUCAGUCUCCUCUACUGCCACCACACCGCCACCGACAUUCCGUUCAAGGAUACCUUCUUCAAGGCGUAUGCAGAGCGCAACGAGAGCCGUAUUCGGGUCUCGUACAACGUGUUGGCCGGUGGGCGGCAAAGGAGGAGCGCCGCGCCGAUCGCGCAGAACAUGUACGUUGGUAACAUCGACCCUGAAACAAUUGCGGCAGCGCUGCCGCCGCCGGUGCGCGUUUCGGAGGCCGGCGCCGGCGUCGGCAGUGGCACGGCGUCGCAGCUCGCGACGUACCGCCCUCAGCUGCUCAUCUGUGGGCCGCAGUCGAUGCUGGCGUUUUUGUGUGGUCGCGUCAGCUCCUUCGGAAACUACGGCUAUUGGCAGGGGCCCUUCUAUCGCUACUCCGGCUUCCUCAAAGACAUGGGCUACACCCGCUCUCAAGUGUACAAGUUCGGUGUUUCGACGCACUUCCUCGCAGAUCAUUGA